AUGCUUGAACCAACAAAGGCAGUGGAAGACACAAAAGUAGUGCAUGAUCCAGGGAAUACUCUAGGUGAAGCUAUACAAAUCUCUCUUUCAUUGGAAGAUAGACAACGUAUCUAUGAGCCAUGUAAAUACUCUAUUAUAAUCAAGUUAGUAGGGAAACGUAUGCUACACCAUUACCUAAAGAGGAAAAUCCAAGAUCUAUGGAAACCAACAGAGAACUUCCCUUUAAUUGAUCUUGGUGAGGACUAUUACAUUAUCAAAUUCACAAAGAAAGAAAACAUGGAUAAAGCUAUUCACCUAGGGCCAUGGUUCAUCAAUUGUCAUUUCCUAUCUAUCUCCAAAUGGAAACCAAAUUUUGUGGCUAGAAAUGAAAAACUAACUACCUCAGCAGUUUGGGUAAGGCUGCCCCAAUUACCAACUGAAUUCUACAAUGGUAAAAUCCUAGAAAAUAUUGGUAAUGCAAUAGGACGCCUACUGAAAAUUGACACAUACACCUCAACAACCCUAAGAGGUCGUUAUGCAAGGAUUUGUGUCGAAAUCCCUUUGGAAAUUCCAGUUCAAUCCUUCCUAUUUGUUGGAGAUCAUAAACAGGAUAUACUCUAUGAAGGGGAGGAUUUUCUUUGCAAAAAUUGUGGCCGUUUUGGUCACACACUAAGACAAUGCACCUAUAUCAAAAUGCAAAGCUUGGAUCCUCACCAUGCAGGACAAGAACAUCAACAAGUAGCUACACAAGAUGCUUGUGACUCUGAAUGGAAAACUGUCUCCUUCAAUAAGAAGAAGAAUCAAGGCAAAAAAACUCCAAACCAAAUGCCCACCAUCCAUGCAAAAGGCAACCAAGGUCCAGGAAACAAUGACAACUUUAGAAGGAACUUUAUGGAGAUGCUAGAUACUCAUAGGCCGAGCUUGGGUACUUUGUUGGAAACAAGGAUGAACAAUCAUGCUGAUAUGCUCAAUGAAUUUGGUUUCACUGAGAUGAUAGAAGUUCCAUCGGAGAGGCAGUCAGGUGGUAUGGUUAUGAUGUGGAGGGAUGAUAUAAUCAACGUCCAAAAUGCUGUUAGAAGAGGUCAGGAGAUCCAUGCAACCAUAGAGCUUAAGCUGGAGACUCCUUAA